AUGGCUGCCACAGAUGGCUCUGUUCCGACGGAAUUGCCAUCGAGCGCUCCGUCGAUGGUUCGCACCAUCCGAGGCAUUAUCAUAACAGUGGCAUCUGUUGCGCUGGUAGUGUGCUGCACGAGACUCUAUAUCCGCAAAUAUGUCACUCGCUCGUUUGGCCUCGAUGAUUACCUUGUUAUUCUUGCCUUGGUGCGCUGCCUCCCGUUCCUCUCGUCUGCCUCUAUCCUCAUCUCGACCACAGAUAAUGGUGUUGUUGUUCGCAAUUCUGUCUUUGGCCGUCACAUUCUAUGGAAUUGGAUACCAUAUGAAUACCGUCCCGGCUGA